CUCUGGCACUCCAACUACUGGUUUAAAAUCCCCAAACGAAUUGCAACUGAAUUGAUAGAUAUCGAUCGAUGGGAUCCAGCGCAGAGUUUCCGGAGGGGACGUUGCAGAACGUACUGGAGCAGGACUCUUUGAAGUGGAUUUUCGUCGGCGGCAAAGGUGGCGUCGGCAAGACCACCUGCAGCUCUAUCAUCUCAAUCUUGCUCGCCAGCAUCCGUGAAUCUGUGCUCAUCAUCUCCACCGAUCCCGCCCACAAUCUAAGUGAUGCCUUCCAGCAGAAGUUCACCAAGUCUCCCUCGCUUGUUAAUGGCUUCUCCAACUUGUAUGCAAUGGAAAUUGAUCCGACUGUGGAACAUGAAGAUUCUCUUGGAUCAGCUGCAACUGAUGGAUUUGUGUCAGAACUAGCAAAUUCUAUCCCAGGAAUCGACGAGGCAAUGAGUUUUGCGGAAAUGCUAAAGCUUGUGCAAACCAUGGAUUAUUCUGUCAUAGUAUUCGAUACAGCUCCAACCGGCCACACCCUACGGUUGCUACAGUUUCCUUCAACCUUAGAGAAAGGGCUUGCAAAGAUUAUGAGCUUAAAGAACAGAUUUGGUGGCUUGUUGAGCCAAAUGACUCGCCUCCUUGGUGUCGGUGAUGAAUUCAAUGAAGACGCCAUCCUUGGAAAACUUGAGGGCAUGAAAGAAGUAAUUGAACGAGUGAACAAGCAGUUUAAGGAUCCUGAUUUGACAACCUUUGUCUGUGUCUGCAUUCCAGAAUUCCUCUCUCUUUAUGAAACUGAACGGCUCGUGCAGGAGCUUACCAAAUUCGAGAUUGAUACACAUAAUAUCAUCAUUAACCAAGUAAUUUAUGACGAAGAAGUUGUGGAGUCAAAGUUGCUCAAAGCUAGAAUGCGCAUGCAGCAGAAAUACCUGAAUCAGUUUUACAUGCUAUAUGAUGACUUCAACAUAACUAAGCUGCCAUUGUUGCCCCAAGAGGUUUGUGGGGUUGAAGCAUUGAAAGCAUUUUCGCGCAAUUUUCUAUCCGUGUACCAACCAUCCAUCACUCGAGGCACACUAGAAGAGGUGGAGCAGAGAGUAUCAGCAUUGAGAGAACACCUCAAGAAUGCAGAGGCAGAACUGGACAGACUCAACAAGGGGAAGCAGAAGGCUUAGAGAGAGUGUGAGCUUUGAUUUAUUUGGAAGUUAUGUUUUACUCAUUUUUGUUGGCGAUACGAGACUUUGUAGUAGAGUUGACUAGGCCUUGGAUCUCAUUCAAUGUUGUACCAUAUGUAAACGUGCUGCAUUAAUCAGCCAUAUGAAUAACGUUUUUCUUUAUUACUAGAAAAUACUGACGUUUUACUUGUAGUCACAAUCAUUGUUUUGUAGUUCCAUUUUUAUGAUAAGUUGUACUAGUAUUAUUUGUAUAUUAGGGUUUGUAAUAAAGAUUCUUGUGACACACGUUGGAUUUAUACUAUUGAUUUUUAUACA